GAGCGGCGGCUUUACUGAACCGAUGGAGUAGUAGUACUAGUAGUAGUGGGGGUGCUCACGGCUUCCUUUCGCCCUUAUCUCCUCAUUUCUCUUCAAUGGAUUCGCCUUUUCUCCAGGAUAUUGCUUCAAACCAUCGCGAGUGAGCUGCUGUGAAUCCGGAGAGGAGAAGUCUCCCAACAGGAGACAAGAUGGCGUCCAACAACACCCUGCGUAGCUACUCCAUCAUCCCAUGUUUCAUCUUUGUAGAGCUUGUCAUCAUGUCCGGCACGGUGUUGUUGGCCUACUACAUGGAGUGCACGGACCUGUUCAGCGUGCAUGUGCAGGGUUUCUUCUGUAAUGAUGCUGAGCUGAUGAAGCCGUACCCUGGCACGGAGGAGUCCAGCUUCAUCCCCCCCCUCAUCCUGUAUUGCGUGGUGGCUGCUGCUCCUACAGCUAUAAUUUUCAUUGGAGAGGUGUCCAUGUAUGUGAUGAAAUCGACGAGGGAAGCUCUCCUGGCCCAGGAGAAAACCAUUGUGACAGGAGACUGUUGUUACCUCAACCCCCUUAUCCGCCGCAUCAUACGCUUCAUAGGUGUGUUUGCAUUCGGUCUGUUUGCCACAGACAUCUUUGUGAACGCGGGCCAGGUGGUGACGGGAGGUCUCUCACCCUACUUCCUGUCCGUCUGCAAGCCCAACUACACUGGCACAGAGUGUCGCUUUAAUCAUCAGUUUAUCGUCAACGGCAACAUCUGCACCGGGAACCCUGUUGUCGUGGAGAACGCCCGCCGGUCGUUCCCAUCCAAGGAUGCUUCACUGAGUGUUUACUCUGCUGUAUACCUGACGAUGUACAUCACUAGCACCAUCAAGACCAAGUCCAGCCGCCUGGCCAAGCCUGUGCUCUGUCUGGGCACGCUCUGUUCGGCCUUCCUCACCGGCCUCAAUCGAGUUUCGGAGUACCGAAACCACUGUUCGGACGUGGUGGCUGGAUUUAUACUGGGUUCAGCCGUCGCUCUGUUUCUGGGUAUGUGUGUUGUGAACAACUUCAAAGGCGUCCACAGUGCGGCAGCUAAACAGAAGACUGAAGACUACCGUGGUCUGCCUCUAAUGACUUUCCCCCGUGUAGAGAGUCCCCUGGAGACCCUCAGCGCACAGCAAUGACACAUGUUCAGAAGAACAUACAGGCAUGACGUUUUGCACUACACUCCUGUCCUCCCUCCCGAACGCACAGAAACACUUACAGAACCUUACACAGAGCACUCCUGGCACCGGUUGACAAUUUCCUCUACCUUUUCAUUUCCACGCCUUUUCCCUCUCCUGUCUCCUUCCAUCUUCUUUGUUUUCUACAUCUCUCUCAAUCUUCGUACCUCCUUCUCCAUCCCUCCUCCCACACCCAUUUUCAGAACCACUCGGCAUCGAUGACGGAGGUCACAUGACUAAGGGGGCAGCACCGGGUCACGUUUGCGUCUCCACAGCACUUCCAGACACAAUGACGAGGACGCAUGCCACGUGGCUCCGAAUGCUUAAUAAAAAAAAACAAACACUCCUGAUAUAUCUGUUUCAUUCACUUGGGGGACAAAAUACACCAUGUUUGUAAUGGUUCUCAUCUAGUUGGGCUAUGCUCAGUUCAACCUGCCAAGUCACACAGAUCGCAUCAGUGGCAAAAAUAUCACAAGUGGCAAAAACUUAAGCACAGAUUGUUUUUCCAGAUACCUGAAACCAUUUGAAACAUGGGACAUUUCUUUUUUUCCUCCAAGGUGUGCUGUUUGUAGUUAGAGGACGGUGUUUUGUACAUUUUGUAUGAGCGAGUGCUGUAGCCUAUCCUGCACACUUCCUGUCAGCUGACUCACUCUGUUUUACAUCACAUCCUGCCAGGUGAAAUGCCUCGUCGAUCACCGCAUCUACCCCCCUCAGUCUGAAAAAGCUACUAUGGAAAAAAUAUUGAUGUUGUUGUUCUGUGAUGUUCGCCAUUUGUACAUAAAAAAAAAGACAGAAUCCUUCUUUUUAUUAUCUCUUUCUGUACAUUAAUUGACCAUGUCAGGUCAUAUUUUGUAAAGAUUUUUGUUAAUCUGUAUGACUAUUACGAUCCAUUUGGACCUGUUUGCCUGCUGUAAACCUGGAUAUGUUUUGGUAUCAGUUUAAGUGUUUUGGGGAAUGACCCGUGUCUCCUUUGGAGGAAAUGAUGAGGAAGAGUCAGUGACAUCCUCCGAGUCAGAAAAUGGGGUUUGUGCACCUGCAGUGUCAUGUUAUCAGCCGUAAUGUAUGAAAAUAUGAUUGGUUGAAAUUCUCACUAUGAGUGCGUUUCACCCCAAUUUUCUGAUUUACCGUAAUGUUAGAUAAUAUCCCAAUGGAUGGCAUCCUUAUAAAAUAUGCGGAAAUAAAGAAAGGACAGAAAUGCUCUUUGGAGUGAAACUGUGCGAUCCGGCUAGCCCUUUUAAUGGAAACCAGGCUAAUGACUCUUGCUUCACUUUUCCUCCUUGAGGCACCCCUUCCCCUCCCCAAGCCACCAGUGGAUUGUGAUGCAUUGUUGUGACUCCAUUUCCUAUUGGAAGAUAUGCCCAGCAUGAAGAGAGAAGUCGAGAUGUUUUAUAAAUAUUCAUGAUUUGAAUUAUACUCAUUAUCAUUGUGAUUAUAAUCGUCUUUUACUUUGACAACAAAA